UGGUGACGGUGACGUGAAUGGAUGCACUUUUUUGAUUCGCGAGGAUACCUGACAAAGUGCAUUAAAGAAUUAUUUUAUUUACAAAUAGGAAAAUUGAGUAAUCGAUUAAACAAAGUCCUUAUAUAUAACGUCCUUAUAAUAACGAUUUUUAGACAAAAAGAAAAAAAAAUUCUUAAGAAAACAGUCUCCUUUUGGUUGUGACGUCGUAUGUGAACACAAUUUAAAUCCAGCACAUACACAAAAUCCGGCGAUUGUGGUGACUGAACAGAUCGAUCUUGGACUUUAUUCAUACCGUUAACAAUUAUAUAUCGUAUUGUUAGUUAUCGCUAAACAUCGAUCUAAAAUUUAUGAUCACGUUCACGACGGUAGAAAAUGGCACCCACCAUCCAACCCAACGGUAAUCAAGCGGACAGGGAUAAACGCACGGCCAGGCCAGCUGAAAAAAAAUCCGAGCCCAUAUGCAGAGUCAAGUAUUGCAAUACGUUGCCGGAUAUUCCAUUCGAUCCAAAGUUCAUAACGUAUCCAUUUGAACCAACCAGGUUUAUUCAGUACAAUCCGACUUCGUUGGAACGCAAUUACAAAUAUGAGGUAUUAACGGAGCAUGAUUUGGGCGUCGACAUCGAUCUGAUCAACAAGGACACGUACGCAGGCGAUUUGAACGCACAGUUAGAUCCGGCCGAUGAGAAACUGUUGGAGGAGGAUGUCCUGACACCGCAGGACUCCAAGCGGUCCCGGCAUCACGCUAGAAAUGUUUCUUGGCUCAGGCGUACGGAGUAUAUUUCCACGGAGAGCACCAGAUUCCAGCCGCAGACAGCAGACAAGGUGGAAGCUAAAGUUGGCUACAGCAUCAAGAAGAAUUUCAAGGAGGAAACGUUGUACAUGGAUCGUGAGAGUCAAAUCAAGGCCAUAGAGAAGACGUUCGAAGAUAAUAAGAAACCUAUCGAAAGACAUUACAGCAAACCGAAUGUAGUACCAGUGGAAAUACUGCCAGUAUAUCCAGAUUUCAAGGUAUGGAAGUAUCCUUGCGCGCAAGUCAUAUUUGAUUCCGAUCCCGCGCCAACCGGUCGGUCUGUACCUGCACAGAUUGAGGAAAUGUCGCAGGCCAUGAUACGAGGUGUGAUGGACGAGAGUGGCGAACAAUUCGUCGCCUACUUUCUGCCGUUGGAGGAAACGUUGGAGAAGCGUCGGCGGGACUUUACUGCUGGUAUCGAUUACGCCGACGAGGAAGAGUACGAAUACAAAAUGGCAAGAGAGUACAAUUGGAACGUCAAGAGCAAAGCCUCCAAGGGAUACGAGGAGAAUUAUUUCCUCGUCAUACGACAGGACGGAGUUUAUUACAACGAACUUGAAACGCGGGUGCGUUUGAGCAAGCGACGCCAGAAGAUCGGACAGCAGCCGAACAAUACGCGUCUGAUAGUUCGUCAUCGACCGCUAAAUGCCACCGAGUUCCGAAUGCAGAGGUAUCGUGAAAAACAAUUGGAGCCGCCGGGCGAUGACGAGGACGAGGAGGAGGAGGAAGAGGAGGAGACUCAGCAAGAAGUGGAGAAGACCGACACCAAAGAUUCGGAAACAGGAAACGGCGAGGAAGGAUCGCGCGCCUCGUCACGCGCGUCUUCGCGUGCGUCUAGCAGAAAAUCGCGAUCUCGCUCCAAGUCAGGCUCGAGAUCGAAAUCACGCUCGCACUCUCCGUCGAAAUCCAGAUCGCAGUCCCGAUCACGCUCGCGAUCGCGUUCACGUUCGCCGUCUCGAUCUGGCAGUCCUCAUUCAAAGAACUCGUCAAGAUCUCGAUCCAGAUCGAAGUCACCGUCGCGAUCGCGCUCGGGAAGCCCUGCCAAGUCACCGUCGAGAUCUCGAUCGUCCUCGCGAUCCAAGUCGAAGUCCAGAUCACGAUCCAGAUCAAGAUCCGGCUCUGGUAGUGGCAGCGGUUCUGCCAGCGGUACCGGCGACAGCGGCUCGGAGAGCGAGUGAAACGUGAUCGAUAAUCUGUGUGAUUACGCCGUGAUUUGUAAUCGUUUUAAAUCGUCACUCCUUGUAAGAUCAUUAUUAGUAUCGUGUAUAAUAUUAUGUAUAAAAUAUUCUUUUGCAAUAACAUUUUAUCGAAAUGUACGUAAAUGCGUUUAAAUCUCUGCGAUAAUAUAAAUCUCCUUGCUGUCCUUCCAACACUCUGCAAAGUGGUUACAGCUAGGCAUUUUAAUUCUCGCGAUAUGCUGAAGAUGAAUGAAGCUGUCGCGGAACCUAUGAAAGACUACAACGUCUACGAGUGAUUCGAAUCCCAACUUUCGUGAAUUACCUACGACUAGAGAUCCUCCGGGGAGAGUUGAGACACCGUGAUCGCGUUUUUUUAUUGGUGGGCGAAACCGGAUGUCUCCCACUACGGCUACUACACAUAGUGUAAAGAGUGUAAAGAACAUGGUCCAUAUUCUCAGCUCACUUUUAUGAUAAAUGCGUGCAUUUAGUAUAUAGUUCACGUUACAUAUAUUAUAGAAUAUCAGAAAUGAAUACGCGCAUUUAUUGAUAAAAGUGAGCUGAGAAUAUGGACCAAUGUAAAGAACAUCUGCACAUAUAAAGAAACAUUUGUUGAUAAUUUUAUUUUCUAGUAAUUGUUAAUUACUCAACACGAUAGCGUAAGUAUAGACAAUACGUUACUAUUUGUAAUUAAAUAAACUCAAUGUUCGUCUGCAAACAAUAAACAUUGACU